AUGACAGAUACAAAAGACACGACAGAUAGGACAGAAACGACAGGUACGACAUACACAACAGGUAUGGAAGAUAUGACAAACACGUCAGAUACGACACAUCAGUCACAACUGAUGCGACAGAUACGACAAACACGACGGAUAAAACAAAAACGAAGUAUACGACAACACGACGGAUAUUUAUUAUACGACGAAUACGACAAAUGUAACAAAUGCGACAGAUACGAAAAAUACGACAAAUCCGACCAACACGACAGAUGCGACCGACAGGACAGAUGCGACAAAUACGACAAAUCCGACCGACACGACAAAUACGACAAAUCCGACCGACACGACAAAUACGACAAAUCCGACCGACACGACAAAUACGACAUAUGCGACAAACAAAUACGACAGAUCCGAAAAAUACGACAGAUGCGACAAAACCGACAAUUCCGACCGACACGACAGAUACGACAAAUACGUCAGAUGCGACAGACAAAUACGACAGAUGCGACAAGUAUGACAAAUCCGACAAAUACGACAGAUGCGGCCGACACGACACAUACGACAAAUACGACAAAUGCGAUAGAUACGACAAAUAAGACAGAUGCGACAAAUCCGACCAACACGACAGAUGCGACCAUCACGACAUAUACGACAGAUGCGACAAAUACGACCGACACGACAGAUGCGACAAAAACGACAAUUCCGACCGACAUGACAGGUACGACAAAUACGACAAAUACGACAGAUGCGACAGACAAAUACGACAGAUGCGACAAAUAUGACAAAUACGACAGAUUCGACCGAUACGACAAAUGCGACGGAUACGACAAAUACAACCGACACGACAGAUGCGACCGACACGACAUAUACGACAGAUGCGACAAAUACUACAAGUACGACCGACACGACAGAUGCGACCGACACGACAUAUACGACAGCUGCGACAAAUACGACAAGUACGACACACACGACAAAUACGACCGACACGACAAAUACGACCGAUACGACAAAUACGACAAAUGCGACGGAUACGACGAAUACAACCGACACGACAGAUGCGACCGACACGACAUAUACGACAGAUGCGACAAAUACGACAAGUACGACCGACACGACAGAUGCGACAUUUACGACAAUUCCGACCGACACGACAGGACAGAUGCGACAAAUACGACAAAUCCGACUGACACGACAAAUACGACAAAACCGACCGACACGACAAAUACGACAAAUCCGACCGACACGACAAAUACGACAAAUCCGACCGACACGACAAAUACGACAUAUGCGACAAACAAAUACGACAGAUCCGAAAAAUACGACAGAUGCGACAAAACCGACAAUUCCGACCGACAGGACAGGUACGACAAAUACGACAAAUCCGACCGACACGACAGAUACGACAAAUACGACAGAUUCGACAAAUACGACAAAUACGACAGAUGCGACAAAUACGACUGA